AUGUUUUUGAGUGGCUUUCUGUCUACCCUGGCUCUACUUGUGCUCACCCCAAGUGAUGCAGCAAAGAUUAUCGGUGGGGAAGAAGUGAAGCCCCAUUCACUGCCUUACAUGGCUCUGCUGCUGAAGAGCGACAGACCGGUUUGUGGGGGUGUUUUUAUCCAUCCGCGAUGGGUUCUCACUGCUGCCCACUGUAAAAAUACAAGUAGGGUGGUGCUUGGCGUUCACGCCCUUGAUGAAAUGAAGAACAAAUCGUGCCAGAAACUAAACGUAGCAAAAAAUGUUCCACAUCCCCGCUUCAAGUCUUCGACAACGGGCAAUGAUGUUAUGUUGCUGAAGCUGGACAGAACUGUGAAGGAGACAAAGACUGUGAAGCUUUUGAAGCUGCCCGUGAAGGGCAAAGACCCGGCUGACAGAAGGCGAUGUAUGGUGGCCGGAUGGGGCAGAACGAGCAACACCGUCAAGACCAUGUCCAACGUCCUCAUGGCUGUCAAUGUGACUGUGAUGAACAGAAAGCAGUGCAAUGAGUACUACAAACAAAAGCCGGUCAUCAUCCAGAGCAUGAUAUGCGCUGGUUCUGAUGGUCAAAAGGAGGCCGACACCUGCGCGGGCGACUCUGGCGGUCCGCUGGUGUGCAACCGAGUUCUCACGGGAAUCACUUCGUUUGGACCAAGGUCUUGUGGUGGUAAAAAGCCUGGAGUGUACUCCUUUCUCUCAACGGAGCAACUCAGGUGGAUCAGAAAAACCAUCCAAGGACGUGAAAUAUAAUUGUCUAUUCAGUCCGCAUUUGCGAUAGUUUCAAUAAAUUUGGGGGAAAAACGGGCCGCUUGCAUGGCGUGGUGUGAAUGUUAGAUUGAGAGGUUUUUAAACUUUUUUCCAUCCAUAUAUU